AUGAGAGUUGUCGAAGGCCGUAGUUUUCCUUUCAGUGAUUGUUUGAAAAAUCUUUUCAACGAAUCCGAAUUGGAAGUUGCUUCAAUUAUGUUGAAGCUUUCUCUUCCCGUCUAUUUCUCAGAUGAUGAAACUCCUGUUAAAUGGGGAGCAACUAAACCGAGGACCAGCUCUCGUAGCCAACAACAACAGCCCAAAGUUUCUCCUUCGUCGUUGUUGUUGCCGUGUCCGGAGGUGGGAACUAGUCCAAGUUCGUGUUUAUCACGCGAGCCGGUGCAAACUCCUCCAACAACCAGAAAAGAAGAUUUAGGUGAAGUUUCAUCAAUGUAUGAAAGAUUGAAGAGAAACAGUUCCACUCAGAGAAAUAUAUUUCCAGUUCUCGAUAACCUUCCGGAAGAGAUGGAGGGUUCCUCCGUUCCCGUAACGCAGCAGCUAAUAUCGGAAAGUCAGAGAGUGUUUAGAGAACAAAGAGCUACUAAACCUAAACGAGACAGAGAAGAAUCGCCAUACGUAGCUCCAACAAGCUCAAAACAUAAAUAUUAUAGCUUCUUCCCACAAUAA